AUUUAUUGACUGUCUGUUGCCAGUCUGUCACCGCCAAUACUGACUUUUUCAAAUUUUUGUACAACUUCCAAAAAAUAUCCGCACUUCCCUUUAAACUGGAACAUGUUCGGGUAUUUGGCUUCUGCGACAGGGCGACUCUGGCUAACCGCUUCCCACGGUGGCAAAAGUCGCAUUUUUUCAACUUCUCCUAAUCUUGCGGAUCAAGGAGUUCCUACUCCUGCGGUUCCUCCCUUAGAUGGAUCAUCAGCGAGUUAUCUGGAGGACAUGUACAAUUCUUGGCUCAACGAUCCGAAAAGCGUACAUUCAUCUUGGGAUGCCUAUUUCCGUCAUUCCCAAUCAGGAGAAACUGGAUAUAUGAGACCGCCAAGUUUCGCGCUUCCAAGCACUUUGGGCUAUCUCAGCUCCUCUAAAGCUGCCGCUGGAGCUCCUGCUUCAGCUCCUACUGCAGCUGCUGCUACUGCAGCUACGCCCCAGACCAUUCAAGAGCACCUGACCGUCCAGGCCAUAAUCCGCAACUACCAGAUGCGCGGUCAUCUGGCUGCCCGAUUAAACCCUCUGGAACCUAUGUUUGAGAUUGAGGACAAAACCUCAACAAUAUCUGAGCAACUAGGGAAACCUCCUCCGGAAGUAAUUAACCAGCACAAACUCGAACCCUCCAUGUGGGAAACCUCAUUCAAGCUUCCCUCUUCCACAAUGAUCGGAGGGAGCGACGGCCAGACACUGUCUUUGAAGGAAAUCAUUAAAAGACUAGAACUGACCUACUGUCGUCACGUUGGGCUGGAAUACAUGCACAUCAAUGAUCCAGAACAGUGCAGUUGGAUUCGGGAACGAUUCGAGGUUCCAGGCGUUACCGAGCUGAAGAAACCCGAAAAACGCUUGUUACUAACUCGGCUGGCCAAAGCAGUUUUGUUUGAGGCAUUUUUACAAAAGAAAUGGUCGUCGGAGAAACGAUUCGGCCUGGAGGGCUGCGAAGUGCUGAUUCCAUGCAUCAAGACCAUCAUUGAUGAAUGCGCCAAGAGGGAUGCGGAAAUGGCUAUAAUUGGAAUGGCUCAUCGGGGGCGCUUGAAUGUUAUAGCUAAUGUAUGCCAAAAGCCCCUGAAUAUAAUUUUCUCCCAAUUUCGCGGUUUGCAAGCUGAGGAUGAGGGAGCUGGAGAUGUAAAGUAUCACUUGGGAGUCUACAACAACAGGGAGCUACCAGCAUCCAAAAAACCUUUCACAACCGUCCUAGUAGCCAACCCUUCACACUUGGAGAUGGUCAACCCUGUUUGCGCCGGAAGGGCGCGAGCUGAGCAGUUUUACCGCAACGACCCCGAAGGAAAGAAGGUGAUUACCAUUGUGAUGCAUGGCGAUGCGGCGAUUUGCGGAGAAGGAAUCGUAUAUGAAACCAUCAACUUUGCCAAUCUGUCCGACUACCACAACGGCGGAACCAUUCACUUUGUGGUCAACAAUCAAGUGGGUUUUACUACCGAUCCCGAGUUUUCGCGAUCGUCUUUGUAUUCCACUGAGGUGGGAAAAGUGGUAGGCGCUCCAAUUUUCCACGUAAAUGCCGACGAUCCGGAAAGCGCAGCCUACGUGGCCAAAGUGGCAGCCGAGUUCCGAUCAAAAUUCCACAAAGAUGUGGUUAUUGAUCUGAUCGGGUACAGGAGGCAUGGCCACAAUGAAGCCGAUGAGCCGAUGUUCACUCAGCCGUUCAUGUACCAAAAGAUCAAGAAAAUGCCCAAUAUUUUCGAAAAAUACUCAGCAGCAGCCAUCAAACAAGGCGUGGUAUCCGAAGCGGAAGUGAAGGAAUUCAAGGACCAAACGGACAAAAUCCUGGAGGAGGAGUUUGGGAAAGCCGCAAAACUCACCUCAAUGCGUUUCGCCGACUGGAUCGACUGUCCUUGGCCAGGGUUUUUCAAAAAACAAACUCCACUCAAAUGCAUGCCUACCGGGGUUAGUCUGGAAGCUUUGGACCACAUUGCCAACAAAUUCGCCCAUCUUCCGUCUGAGGACUUUGAAUUACAUAAAGCCCUAAUGAGAGUCAUGCACAUGAGGCAAGAAAUGGUGAAAAACCACACAGCAGACUGGGCAAUUGGGGAAGCAUUGGCAAUCGGCAGCCUGUUACAAGAAGGCACUCACGUGCGACUGUCUGGACAAGAUGUGCAAAGGGGCACCUUCUCCCAUCGCCAUCACACGGUCCAUCACCAAAGCAAGGCCAACACCAAAUACACAUACUUAAAGGACCUUCAUCCGAACCAAGCCCCGUAUAGUAUAUGCAAUAGCCCGAUAUCGGAAUAUGGAAUAUUGGGAUUUGAGCAUGGAUACUCCAUGGCCAAUCCAGGCAGCUUGGUGAUAUGGGAGGCGCAAUUUGGGGACUUUGCCAACAACGCGCAACCGAUUUUCGACUGCAUGGUCGCCAGUGGACAAUGGAAGUGGGUGCGGCAGUGUGGAUUGGUCGUUUUACUUCCUCAUGGAUUGGAAGGUCAGGGGCCGGAGCAUUCCAGCACCAGAGUUGAGCGGUUUUUGCAGCUGAGUUCGGACGAUCCCGAUUUUCUGCCUCCAGACGACCCAGACUACGUGGUGAGGCAGCUCAGGGACAUCAACUGGAUUAUCGCCAAUUGCACCACUCCAGCUAACUUGUUCCAUGUGCUUAGGAGGCAGAUAAAGUUACCAUUCAGGAAACCGCUACUCAUCUGCACCCCAAAGAGCUUGCUGAGACAUCCAGAAGCCAGGAGCAAAUUUGAUGAGAUGAUCGACGGCACGGAAUUUAAAAGGAUUAUCCCUGCUACGGGUCCAGCAAGCGAAAAUGCGGACAAUGUGAAAAAGCUGGUGUUUUGCAGCGGGAAAGUCUACUAUGACUUCAUGAAGGAAGCCAAAGAGAAAAAAAUCGAGGACAAAAUUGCUAUAGCGCGAGUCGAGCAGAUUUGCCCGUUCCCUUACGACCUGGUACAACAAGAAGCGAAAAAAUACCACAAGGCCCAAAUCGCCUGGGGCCAGGAGGAGCAUAAAAACUCCGGCUGUUGGACCUACGUAAACCCCCGAUUUGAAACUGCCCUGAAAGGCGAACGAGAUAUCCUGUACAUUGGAAGAGCGCCAUCGGCCAGUACAGCAUCGGGCAAUAAAAUUCAGUACCAAAAAGAGUAUGAGAGUUUAUUGGAAGAACUGGUGAAAAACUGCCAAUAGCUUCGCUGGUGUGACGUGAUAUUUAAACAAAAACCGAGUAAAUGUAACAAAAUAAAAUCAUAUGUAAAAUAAAAAACGUGUAGCAAAAA